UGCUGUGCUGUAGUGGUUUAUCAUUUUUGAAAACUAUGUAUAUGCAGAGUAAAUUUUAGUGUAUGGAUGCUUCAGGCAUUGGAAAGAAAAUAGUUACAAUAUUUGCUGCUUUGAUAAUUGUGAAGCCAAAUAAGUUGAUAAAUCUGGCCACAGUUUCUAGAAAUAUGCUAGCUAGUACAACAGUCGUUUAAGUAUAUGCGUGCUUACACUUAUCUCUUUCUUUUUGCGUAACUAAGACAUUUGAAAGAAAAAUGGCUAACAAAAUUGUCUAUGUGCAAAAACUAGGGCGUGUUCCUUAUAAGAUGGCUUGGGAUUAUCAGAAGGUAGUUGCUGAGAAGGUGAGACAGAAUGUGAAGUCCAAGAAGGAACCAGGCCACACCAUGCUCUUGCUGGAGCAUGACCCAGUUUACACAACCGGCAUUCGCGACCACGAGUACUCUGCCGAGGAAGAGGCCAAAUUAAAGGCGCUUGGAGCUGAUUUCCACCGCACAAACCGUGGUGGCCUUAUCACUUUCCAUGGUCCAGGACAGCUAACUGCUUAUCCAAUUCUUCAUUUAUCUUCCUUUAACCCAGGGAUCAAGUGGUAUGUGUGUGCCUUGGAAAGAGCUGUAAUUCGCACAUGUAGGUCCUUUGGUAUUGUCGCAGAAACUUCACCCCAUACUGGAGUUUGGGUGAAAGACAACAAAAUUUGUGCAUUGGGUAUUCAAGGUCGCCAUGUAACUACCCAUGGCAUUGCUCUGAACUGCAAUAUAGACCUAAGUUGGUAUGGUAAUAUAACACCAUGUGGCAUCCCAGAUAAAGGUGUUACAUCAAUGAGUAAAGAGAUAGGCAGGGAUAUUACCAUAGAUGAAGUUGUCCCCCAUUUCCUAAAAUCUUUUUCAGAAGUCUUCAAAUGUGACAUUGUCAUUAAUGAACAGGGUGCUAAACUCUGAUUAGUUACUAUGCUCAGUGGAAAAGCUGCUUGUGCUCCACUGUGACAUGCCGACCCAUAUGAAUGCAUGUUAUGGCUAUUUAGUAUGCAAAACUUUAAUUUUGUGUCUGGAUAGAAUAUGCCACACUGUUGGACAUAAGAUUUUUUUACCAUUGAAUAUAGGUAAUUACUUGAAGAACUGAAUUAUGCAGAGGCUAUAUAAAUAUUUUGAUAAUGUUUACAGGAUAGUGAUCUUAAAGUGGCAACAAGUUUUCCAUAACUGCAGGGUGUUUAAAAUUAAAUUGGAUGAACAUAUUUGUAGAAAGGUGUCUAUAAUGUAUAUGUAAUCAAGUUGUAAAUAAAAAUUGUACUUAA